UGACGUCAGCUGGCAGCUUUGGCAGUACUCGCCGCUCCGGACAUAGCGCUGUAAAAAAUGCUGCUCUCCGUGCCGCCAAGGACAGGAAUCAACCCUUACAACGGCUAUAACAGCAGAAACAGCAAAAAGCAGGCCUAUGUGUCCUCCAGCCAGCAGAUGGCGCCCCCCAGUCCCAACACCAACAGCAGCAGCAACAGUAGCAGUGGGGGAAGCGAGCAGCUGAGCAAAACCAACUUGUACAUACGAGGUCUUCACCCCGGCACCACAGACCAGGAUCUAGUCAAGCUGUGCCAACCGUAUGGAAAGAUAGUCUCCACAAAGGCAAUUCUGGAUAAGACCACCAACAAGUGCAAAGGGUAUGGCUUCGUUGAUUUUGACAGCCCAGCCGCAGCUCAGAAGGCAGUGACCGCCCUGAAGGCCAGUGGGGUGCAGGCCCAGAUGGCCAAGCAACAGGAGCAGGACCCCACCAACCUGUACAUCUCCAACCUGCCACUGUCCAUGGACGAGCAGGAGUUGGAGGCCAUGCUCAAGCCCUUCGGCCAGGUCAUCUCUACCAGGAUCCUCCGCGACGCCAAUGGAACCAGCCGCGGUGUGGGCUUCGCGAGGAUGGAGUCAACAGAGAAAUGUGAAGCCAUCAUUCAGCAUUUUAACGGCAAAUACAUCAAAACGCCCCCUGGAGUCCCAGUACCCACGGAACCCUUGUUGUGUAAGUUUGCUGACGGGGGACAGAAAAAGCGGCAGAACCAGGGGAAGUUUUUACAGAAUGGACGUCCUUGGACCAGAGAUGGGGAGACGGGGGGAAUGACAUUAACAUACGACCCAACAGCCUUACAGAAUGGGUUCUACUCCUCUCCCUAUAGCAUUGCGCCGAAUCGAAUGAUCGCUCAGACGUCCAUCUCCCCGUAUAUGCAUUCUCCUGUCUCCUCUUACCAGGUACACAGCCCCUCCUGGAUGCACCACCAGUCGUACCUCAUGCAACCUGCAGGGACGGUCCUCACCCCCACUCUUGACCACACCAUGUCCAUCCAGCCCAGCUCCAUGAUGGGCCCCAUCACACAGCAGCUCAGCCACCUCUCUCUGGGCAACACAGGCACGUACAUGCCUGCCAACACAGCUAUGCAAGGAGCCUACAUCCCCCAGUACACCACAGUGCCUGCAUCCAGUGUCUCGGUAGAGGACAACAGUGGUCAACAGCAGCAAGUCGCCAUAGAAACCCCCUCAGAACACACAAACUAUUCAUACCAGCACAACAAGUGAGCCCCUCCUGAAUACAGCAAGCGGAGCAGACCAGGCGACGUCCUCGGGGAGGCUGAACUCGGCUCCACGGUCUCUCUGGGCACAUGGCACCGGACUUUCACAUGGAAGGCUAAAGGAAUAUGUUUCUUUCCAGAGGACAGAUGCUAAAUUCACCAGGCUUUUUUUUUCUUCAAGAGUGAAGCAACCAAAGGUGGGGGAUUUCCACAAAGGACCAUCGGUCUAUUUUAUAUAACAGGAAAAAAAGAAACAAAAUGUUGAAAACAAAUUAAGAAAGGGUGGUUAUUUUUAUGCAAGUAAUAUAACAGAUUCUUAUUUUUUAAAGUGUUCUGGAGCUGCAGAAUGGGAUGAGGAGAGUUACAACAUGACGUGUCUUUUUAGGCUUCUUUUUUGUAAAAUAUGCAAACAUUUAUUUUUAUUUUUAGUUAUGUCUGUUU